CGGUGACGCCACAGUGUCGGGAUUAGCUGUCUGGCAGCAGCCAAGGAGCUGGAUAUCUUCGGCGUUGCGGGACGUUCAAGCAGCGAUCCGGGACUGCGGGCUUUGCUUAGGAAAUCGGGACUGCCCGUAAAAAGCGGGACUGUUGGGCGGUAUGUAACUACAAAUGAUUUUUCUUGACCUCUAUUAUUGAGUCCAACGAAGGGCAGCAUUUUGGAUUUAUAAAAAAAAGAGAAUGGCCAGUCCGCACUCUCCUGUGCAGCCGCUACUCCCUGUCAGCUUAAAUCUGAACCACAACAACAACAACAACAGUAGCAGUGUAAAGAAAUGUGGCUAUCUGCGGAAACAGAAGCAUGGACACAAACGCUUUUUUGUAUUGAGAGAAGCUGGCGAGGGUUGCCCUGCUGCCAGACUGGAAUAUUAUGAGAGUGAAAAGAAGUGGAGGAGCAAGUCUGCGGCAGCCAAGAGAGUGAUUUCUUUGGACAGCUGUCUUAAUAUCAACAAACGAGCAGAUGCCAAGAAUAAGUACCUAAUUGCUCUUUACACCCGGGAUGAGUACUUCGCCGUGGCCGCAGAUAGUGAGCAGGAGCAGGAGAGUUGGUACCGAGCCCUCACCGAGCUGCUCAGCACUGGCAGAGGAGCCAAGGAGGCGUGUGCGGGUACGGGAGGCUGCUGCUGCUGCCCAGGCACUGCCAGCUGUAGCAGUAGCUGCACUAACCAUCUUGCACUGACAGAGGACUAUGGACUGAUAACUCCAGCAAAUGCUGUCUAUAAGGAGAUGUGGCAAGUGAACUUAAAACCCAGGGGUCUGGGCCAGAUAAAAAACAUGACUGGAGUGUACCGACUGUGUUUGUCUGCUCGCAGUAUCAGCUUUGUCCGUCUGAACAGUGAAACUCCUUCAGUCACUCUGCAGUUGAUGAAUAUUAGGCGCUGUGGCCAUUCAGACAAUUAUUUCUUCGUAGAGGUGGGCCGCUCAGCCUCCACUGGACCUGGGGAGAUUUGGAUGCAAGUUGAUGACACAGUUGUGGCUCAGAGCAUACACGAGACAAUUUUGGAGGCGAUGAAAGCUAUGCGAGAGCUGGUUGAGUUCAGACCUCGUAGCAAAAGCCAGUCCUCAAGUUCAAACCCCAUCAGUGUGCCAGGCAGAAGGCAUCACCUGAACCAAUUGCCUCCUAGUCAGACUGGCUUAACAAGGAGAACACGAACAGAUUUUCCUUCUACUUCUGUUUGUGUUUCAGCAAACACAUCCUCCCGGCUUCGCACUGCUAGUGAAGGUGACAAUCUAAGCAACCGGACAGUCACUGGAAGUCCCUUAAGCCCCAGUAUGCUACGAGCACCACUUAGCCGAUCCCAUACAUUGAGCUUAUGUGGACGAAAUACAAAACUGGUUCCAAUACCAGGGCCACUGCAACAUAGUCGAUCAAUGUCAAUGCCUGUUCCCCGAUCCCCUCCAACAGCUGCCAGCCCUAUCAGUUUAUCAUCUGGAAGUAGUAGUGGACAUGGCUCAACCUCUGAUCCACUAAUUCCUCCACAGUCAUUUAGUUGUAGUGCCUCUGCAUCUGGCUCACCAAGUGACACAGGUUUCAUGUCUUUGGAUGAGUACAGCUCCAGCCCUGGAGAGAUAGCAAGAGUUUAUCUGAGCUGUCCUAGUGGUACUCCAGAUUCUGCUUCUGCCACUCCACCUCACCAUGGAGAGUUAAAUGGUUACAUGUCAAUGGAGAGACAAUUUCCAGGUGUCUGUUCAUGUCGUCACCUUGAGGGCUCUGUAGCAGAAAAGUGUGCUCGUAAGAGGACCUAUUCCUUAACUACUCCAGGAAGACAGAGAAUGGCACCACCGCAUGUCUCCUCUGCUUCUCUUGAUGAAGCCACACUUGUUCGUGCCACAUAUAAGGGGAGCUCUGGACUUCUGUCAUCAUCACCUAAGGUAUCUUAUCAGCCUUAUCCAGAGGAUUAUGCAGAUGUAGAGAUUGGUCGCCAGGAUGAUGGGUACAUGCCUAUGUCUCAUGGGGUUGGUGUUUCUUCCUCAGACUAUGUUCCUAUGAGCCCAGCCAGUGUUUCUGCCCCCCAGCAAAUUCUGCAGCCUCGCACUUGUUGCAGUGAAACUUUUGAAGGCUCUCAAGAAGAUUCCCCAGAUGGCUACAUGAGAAUGUGGUGUGGUCCUAAAUCUCGGACAGUACCUGUACACCAACGUUUGUCUCCUGCAGAGUCGCUAACAUCUUUUACUCCUCCAGAUUAUUUCUAUAUGCAAUCUAAAAACAGUUGUUGCGAAACUAACAGUGUGGCAUGCCGAUCUAUAAGUCCAGCAGAGGUUGAGCCUUAUGUCAUGAUGAGAUCUCCAGCCUCCUCUUCUCAACAUAUUCGCAUAGCUCGCCCCUCUCGGCUUGCAUUACCCACUCUUCCUAGUAUGAGUGAACAUCCUCCAGAAUCAUCCAGCCCUCCAGGUGGAGAAUAUAUACAUAUCUACUUUGGGGAAACAAGACCGCAAGAAUCCCUGUCUGUGCCUCCUCCCACUACUGCUACAGAAUCUGUCCUUUUGUCUGCGGGUGGAAGUCCUGCGUCGUCCUCAUCUUCUGGUUCUGGUCCUCAGCGCUCCCCAGUUUCAGACUACAUGAAUUUAGACUUUUGUCCCCCUUCUCCAAAAUCAAAAAUAAAUUCCUCACUAGGUCCCAAUUCGGAUUAUACAGAGAUGAGUCCAAGGAAGAUCUCAGCAUGUUCAAUGAGUGAUGUAUCCCUCCAUGAAACUUCCUCUUUAGAGGGGGCAGGUUCUGGGGUACAGUGUCUCACUUUACUUAUGGACAAAAUACCUGGAAACUUUAGCCUGCCUAGUCCUCCCCCAGAUCCUAACCGGGGUGCAAAGCUUAUCAGAGCAGAUCCACAGGGGGGGCGUCGUCGUCAUAGCUCAGAGACAUUCUCCUCCACUACCCAAGUGACCCCUGUAUCUCCUUCAUUUGCACACAGCCCUAAAAGGCACAGUUCAGCUUCAGUGGAGAAUGUGUCCACACGCAGUGGUGAGACUUUGGAGGCUCCUGAGUGUGGCAGUCCCAUGUGCCGAGAAACAUCAGCUGGUUUCCAAAAUGGACUUAAUUAUAUUGCCAUGGAACUGUCACCUGAGAAGCGAAACCUGCUGCUACUAACACAAGCAUCAUCCAGGGGACAUCUACCUGCCCUGGGACUUGCAAGCCUUGACAUUGGGUCCUAUUCGAGCAUUGACUUCUUAGGGCACAACAGGCUGAAGGGUGCAACUACUGUCAGAGAGUAACAACACCAACUCUACAUCCAACAAAAAGAUCCUUGGGCCUACUUUUUCAACCAGAUGCUGCUAAAGUUUUGUUAUUUCCUAAUUGAUGGACAAGAGAGUUUUGCUCAGGUAUAUACUGUGCUGAACUUGGCUACCACGACAAAGUGAGCUGCCCCUGUGCUGUUCAGUGGCAUUAUUCGUCAUGAUACACGUGACGCAAAUGGCUGGAAACCAAUCUUUUGAGAAAGCGAUAACUAUAUUCAUGCAAGUCGGUAACUAAGAACUGAGGCCUUCAUCUACCUACGUUAUUCUUCUGUAGGCUGGGAUAUUUAUGGGCAUCAAAUAAAACAGUAACAUCUGGCAUAUUUUACAAUAAAAUGUACUGGAUGUCCUACCUCAGUAAACAAUAUAAAAAAAGCAAGAGAAGAUGAUUGGUAACAGAUUUCAAGUUUCCUUGCAUAAUGGAGCUUCCUGGGUUAUUUGUCAACCCUUCUAGAACAGUUAAAGGACUUUGGUAUGGGUCAAAUAGAACCUACUUGUGACACAGUCACACCAGGACACCAAACUGAAUGCUUAAAAAGUAAUAUAAUUAUUUUUAAAAGUGGACCAAAACAAAUCUGUAAAUGUAAAAAUGUGACAGCAAGACAUGCUUUGCUCAGUUGAACUGAGCCUUAUUGGAGCCCUUACAUUUGGACUGGCAGCUUAUUGUAUGCACUCUGAUAGCAGGCAGAGAAUGGUUAUUUAUAUAAUUUACAGUAAAUUAUGUACAUUUUCACCACAACAUUUUGCGUGUGCAUUGAUAAAUAAUUUUAUAUAUUUUAAUGUCAUUGCUUUUGUAUGUUUGUUUAAUUUCUAAGGUACUUAUAUUUAAAAAAAAAGAUUGUAACAUAUUAGCAGCCUCAUUGCUCUUAACCAAAAAUCUCCAUUCAUGUGCCACAGAAUGGAGUAUCCAUGCUUUGUAACAUCUCCACCCCUGCCCGCCCCAUUCCAAUUUUGAAAUUAGCAGAUGGCAAUGGUUCUUCCACCCUAACCAACCAGGUCUCAAAAUAAGAUAUCCCAUCUGAAGUAAUGUUGUGUACUCAGAUUAUUGGCAGUAAAAAAAAAAAAAAAAAAAGUGACCAUCAAGGUCUGGUUUCCAGUGUUCUGAGAAAAGAGGACAGAUACCAUGUUUUUGUACUACAUAUAUUUUUUUAUAAGUAGAAAUGUAUUUCCUUAAUUUCCUAAUACCAGAUUACUAUAGAAGGGGGCUAAUUCAGCACUCUGGCUUCCUUAGAGGCGUAACUUCUAUCAACCUGCCAUUGGUGGAAUGCUAGCUUGCUAAACCUAAAACAGCUAGAGCAGCAACAGUUGCUUAUCUCUGCUAUAGAAUCAUUAUUUCUCUGCUUCUUAGACUUUCUUUUGUUUCUAUUUUAAAAAUGUGGGUUGGGAUCCACAGAGCUGUUAAGGGGUUCAUAGCAAAAUGCAUGGUGCCCUAGCUUAACCAGUCACCCCUUUACUGACUUUUCUCAUGACCCAUGCCCAAACACACCCCUUUUUUAAGCACUGAAAGCUAUAAUAUAUUUAUAUAUAUAUAUAUAUAUAUAUCUUUUUUUUUUUUUUUUUUUUUUUUUGUGAGUUGAGAUGGAGGGAUGGGGCAGGAUGUGAAAAUGAAUUUUUGAACUGUCCAGAUCUUUGCUGUAGCAUGUAGGUAGCUGUAAAGGAGGGACCUGGAGACAGCAUGAUUUCUUUCCCUCCCAGCAGGAGAGCAGUAAGGCAGAUCAGCCCAUCAUGCUAAAUGCGUGACACUUGACAGGACUGGAUACAGUAAAUUAGAGAGAGCUUUCUAUGAACCUGAACAAUGGAUUUUGCAAAUGUAAUUGUUAAAUAGCAGCGCCAUGUCUUCCUGCUUACACAAUGAAAGUCUUACAUGUAUGGAUUGUAUUACCAGACAAAAAUGAAUGUAAAUUCAUAUCUAAUUUCUCUUUUUUCUAUUACGCUUUUUGUAGUAUAAUUCUUGUAGGCGGGAAAAAACUAGUGCUUUAUAUGGCAACAUCCGGACCACAAAUUAAACGGUUUGGUUAUAAAAAUGAUUAUAGCGUACUUUUAUAUACCUUUAUCUAUCUAUGAUAUAAAGGCUUUCUAAAGUAUUUUUGGCUUAGUCUCCAAAUUAAAUAGAAAUAAUAUUUGCUAUGUAACCAUAUCGGCACUGAACGAACAGACCUGCUGACUUUGAAGUCUGAUUUAUACUUAAAUUAUAAACUUAAUGUAGAUUAUAAAAUCAAUAUUGUGUAACUCUGUUUUACAGUUUACUUAUGCAGAUGAUGGGCUUCCUAAAAUCUAGCUCAAAUCUAGCUGUAAAGUUCACACAAAGCUUAUGCAAUAUAUACAUUUGAAAUUUAGUUUACAGAAUACAACCAAAAUGUACAGGUUUGCAUUAACACCAUAAUGUAUAUUUAUGUCUUUGUACAUUUUUGCCCAAAGUCCUUUAAAUUAAAAUAUUUUGCUAUUGUAACUUUAAAUGUUAUUAGACAGUGUUUUUUUUGUUUUUGUUUUUUUUUUGCUUAGUUUUUGUUUACCGGGUACAUAUUGUUUUGAAUAUCAUGAUGUUAAAUAUAUUUCUUGCUAUUGUGGUAUGACAAAAGACUUAACUUAUCUUGCAGUGUCUUCCGAUGUAUAUGGUGUGUAUAUAUAUACAUAUAUAUAUUAAUAUAAAUGUGAUGCUGCUGGAGACGAAAAUAAACUGACCUAGAGUAGUGCAUUGUAUUUAGUCUUUAUUGAUUAUGGAUGCUGUCUUAAUAGCCAUAUGCAAUAAAUACAUUAUUUAUGAUAA